CAAACCACAAUUUGAGAGGAAGAGGGAGAGGGAAAACACUAAGAAAUAAAGAGAAAGGGGCAGAAUAAGAGAAAGAGUGUGAUAAAGGUGUGAGUGUGUUGCGUUCAGGCGCUUACCUGGUUAGACAGGAGACAUUUACUCAGGAUCUCUUACAUAUGUUGUACAGACUUUCUUCUACCCAGCAAUGAACUGCAGGAUUAUGGAGCUUUGUGGUGUUGAAUAUGUUGCCCUUGGGUUGAAAUGUCCAAAUUGGUGCAUAUUUCUGGCAAUGGUUGAUGAUAAUAGUGUAGAGUAGCUGGCGACUUACAAUGUCUCACAUUAUCCCGAUGGUAUCAGGUUCUCCGCCACCUCUUGAUGAUAUUACUUGGAAUGAUGAAGAAGACGAUGAAGAUGACUUUGGUAAUUUCACUGGUGUUGCAGACAAUGUCAAAAGCCCUUCCUCUGACAGAGGGUUGUAUUUGGAUGAUACUGUUGAGUUUGAUGCCUUUAAAGACAUACACUUCAACACCAUAGAUGGGGACAUUGUAAAUAAAGAUCUUUCAUCAGCAUCAGCUACCAGUGAACGACCCAUUCUUCAGAACCUCAACUUGUUCCCAGACAACCCCCCUCACAUUGAGCUUAGUGAAAAAGCCUUCAGUAAUGGAGAAGAUAUGCAAACAGCAUCAAAUGUUGCUGAGUUUGAAAAUAUUAGUUGUGAUACUAAGACAUUGGGCUAUUUGUCCAACCUUGAUGGCAGUCGAGGUCGAGACUCUAUGACUGAUUCUGGUCACUGUAGUACUGAUAUCUCACCUGUUCCAAAGUCGGAUGAAAGUCCAGAUUCCUGUGAUAAAAGUACCUCUUCUGAACUUGAAGAUAACUUCAAUGGUGAAGUAGGUGAGAAAGGGAAUUGUCAAUUGUUCUGUAAUCUCUCCGAGAUCAAUACAGACCAGCUGACUGGUAGAGCUGAUAGCUCUGGUUGUGAUAAAGAUAAACGUUUUAUCAACACCACCAACACCACCACCACCACCACCACUAAUAAUACUAACACUACCACCACUACUAACACAGACAUUGACCACAGUACAUCCCAAACAGAUCCACAGAACCCUAAUAAAGACAUUUCUUCACAUGAACAGUCUUCGUUUAGUACAAACACCAUGAAUCAACAAACUGAUAAAUCUGGUGAUUCACCAUCACCACCACCACCACAACCACCACCACUACCACCACCUCCACCAUCCUCAUCCUCUUCUUCCUCAUCAUCAUCAUCACCAUCAUUAUCAACAUCACUUCCUUCUCCUAACUGUCCUCCUCUCCCUCUACCUACUACAGCACCAGAUUCUGCUGCUAUUUCCCAAUCUGAAUUUACAGCUGGAACCAAUGAAGCUGUGAGUUCAAAUCUAUCCAACACUUGUUUGUCAGGCAUGUUUGAUGAUGAUUCUGAUGACUGGGCAGACUUCUCGUUUGCUGUCACAUCGAAUCCACCUCCUCUACCACCUCAGGGCAAUAACACUUGCAGCAGUUUCCAGGUCUCUGAAAACCUGUUCUCCCCGUCCACACUGUCUUUUGAAGAGUCGUCUACACGAGCUGAAAAUGAAGAAUUUGCAUCAGAAAGCAUUGAAAAUGAAUUAGCAGCAGGUGAAGACACCCUAAAAGACAUUUCUGAAGAGAUUCAGAGUUCUUCAUCCAUUCAAUUUGACUCGAAUUCUAGAAACCCUAAUUCUUCACCAGAUAUACGGAGUGAAAUAGAUUUACCGAGUCUUGAUGAGAGUUCAAUAGACUAUGACGAUUUGGUUCAGAACUGUGAGUCUCGCAGUAACGACAGUCUAGAUGGGAGCUAUUCCAUUUCGGACCAGGUCCGAACAGUUGAACUGAAAUAUUCCACAGAGGAGAACCAAGAAUCAGACGAUGAUUAUGGUGCUUUUCCAGGAACAGGUACUAAUUCAGCUUCAGAUAAUUUUGUGCCCAGGACAUCAAACAGUGAUUCACUAACUAGUCAAACAAAGUCUGAAGAAGAUGAGUUUGGUGAUUUCAGUAAGUUCAAUCGAGCUGUUGCAGAAAAUGAAGAAGAGUGGGCUGAUUUUGAAGCUGCUACUUCGCCUUUUCCUGUGGACAUCCAAGUGCCAACAGAGUCAGCAGUGCCUGACAAGUUGAAAGAGGAAGAGGAAGAGGAAGAGGAAUCCUCUUGGUGUAGUUUUGAUGCUAACGUCCAAUCACAUUCCAGUCAUGAAAAUGAGAGUGGCCACUGGGCACCGUUUUCUGAAAGUUCCUCAGUCAGCCAUAAGGAUGAGGAGCUUCCAGAUGAUUCACAGCAACAGCUACCAAGUCUUUUCCCACUUGACUCAUUACAUUCCAAUGUAAAUAUUUCUCAAACUAUAGUCUCAGUUAUGAAUAAUACUUUCCCUAAAGCGACACCGAUCUCAGUUUCCUGUAAAUUACUAGAGAAUGCUCUGCUUCAGGAUCUUAUUCUUCAGGAUGUUACUAUAAAGAAAACUGCAGGCACACAAAAGAAAGCCGGAACAAGUGCUUACACAUCUAGUUGCUGUAUAUGGAAACAGCUAUUGGAUGUUGAUGUCACAGAUGCCCUGACCUAUAACUUCACUGAUUCCAAAGGCAGCAACAUGAUGUUUAAAACUUUGCGGAUAGAUUCCAGAAAAAUUUUGGUGACUCACAAGAAGCCAGGCGUUCCAAUAUUUGCAGCGAACUUAGGUUUAUUGGAACCCAGCAAAGUAAUUAGUGGUGAGCAUAUGAAACCUUCAUCCAAUCUGGUGCCAUCGUUGCCGCAGGAAACUCUCAUAGACACCAACCGUACGGAUCAGUGUGAUUCCGUCAGACAGGUUGAUAUUCCACCUGUGCAGUUUGACUGGACUGGUAGUGGUCUUACUAACCCAUUAGAGCAAUUGUUUGAGUCCGAACUGCUAGGUGGCCCUUUGAAGCCAUUACCUUCUUUCAAGCCAAUGCAGCCCCUUGAGGACAUGUUAGCCAACACCAAGUCGACGACCGUGAAGAGAGGACACACAUCAGAUGAGCACUUGAGUCAGGAAGCUACUGUAAUACUGCAGACUCUUCCUGAUUUGUCUUUCAUGCACGCUAAAGUUUUGAUGUUUCCAGUACGUCAGACUAACUAAAAGCAAAAACAAAAAAGACCCAGACAACAAAAGAAAAAUAACAAAACAAGAAGACAACAAAAGCAGCACAGAAAAUGGAGGUAGGGUCUUGUAUAAUGACACACCUUCUUCUCGACAAACCACUGGUAGUUUCUGUGGUUUAAGGCAACUGAGAUAUAUCAAUGUUGAUUUGGUGUUUAUUUCUCUUGUACAACCAGGCUGAAAGUACUUUUCUGUUAAAAGUUUGUUUCAUUGAAAAUUUAACCAGUUCGUAGGGGAGGGGAAGAACCUUUGAAAAGAGUGUGAGGGAUUAACCUCAAAGGUUGAAGGCUUCCUUAUUGAACUUCUUUCUGUUGCUGAUAUGUUGAGCAAUGAAACUUUGAUAAAUCUUGUAGAUAAGGAGAAAAAAAAUACCAAAAUCCUUGAAAGAAACUGAAUAAAAAAAACUAAAAUGGUAUUGGGAAGUUAA